AGCCUGUGUGGUCGGAUGGAAUGGGAGGGCACAGUAGCUCUUAAACUCCGCACACUUCCUACACUCGCUCAGUUCCAUCAUCAUCAGUCAGGAAUCGGGGAGAUCAGAGGAGGGAUGGCGGAGAAGAGCCCUGACCCGAGCGGCUCGUACGGUCGGAGGUGUCCCGCCCUUUCUCCCGGAGAGAGAAUGCAGCCGUCCGGGAGCGGAUCGUCUAAAUGGGUUCGCCUGAACGUCGGCGGCACGUACUUUCUCACGACGAGACAGACGCUUUGUAGAGACUCGAAAUCUUUCCUGUAUCGACUGUGCCAGGCCGACCCCGACCUUGACUCUGACAAGGAUGAAACAGGUGCUUAUUUGAUAGACCGAGAUCCCACUUAUUUUGGUCCAGUGCUCAACUACCUGAGACAUGGGAAGCUGGUUUUGAACAGAGGCCUGGCAGAAGAAGGUGUGCUGGAAGAGGCUGAAUUCUACAAUAUCACUUCAUUGAUUAAACUUGUGAAAGACAAAAUCAGGGAGAGGGAUUGUAAGACGGCACAGCUCCCUGUGAAACACGUCUACAGAGUCCUGCAGUGUCAAGAGGAGGAACUAACACAGAUGGUCUCUACCAUGUCAGAUGGCUGGAAGUUUGAACAGUUGGUUAGUAUCGGCUCUUCGUACAACUAUGGAAAUGAGGAUCAAGCAGAGUUCCUCUGCGUGGUCUCCAAGGAGCUGCACAAUCAGUCAUACAGCACAAACAGCGAGCCCAGUGAAAAGGCCAAGAUUCUUCAAGAACAAGGCUCUCGAAUGUGAAACAACUGUUUUAUAGUCUCUGGUCCUGUGAUUUCUGGGCUAAACAACAUGACAGUUUACACCAUAUCACACUGAGAGAAAACUGUCAUGCGACAAGACAACCUAUUAUGAAUGGAUGCUCUAUUCGGUUUUAAAUUUAAUGACACUUGUUUGUACCUGCACAGUAAUCCCAGACUGUUGGUGGAUAUAUAUCUGAAUCUUAUUUUAAAAGUUAGGAAUAUGCAUGUCAUUAGUAAGCUGAGCAAAAGGGCCUUAAUCAUGUCUGGUCCAAUCAUGUUUACUCAGGGUCUCUGAUCGACUUUCACAAAAUAUGUUAAUCAUGUCAUUUGUGGUCCAUUGUGCAAUUUUGUCAACUAUAUUUAAAAGUGUAUAUUAUGACAUACAGAAAGUUCACAAUUCAGAGAGUGGAGUUGAAGUAUUUAAUUUUUUUAUUUUGGGGGGUUUAAGAUUACGUUAAUAAGGUGGCUUAUGUUUAAUGUUGACGGGUGAGGGAGGGUGAAUUUUUUUUAGCAAAGCUGAUUUAUUUUGUUUUUUUACUUUCAUAGUGUUCAUUUUAUACCAGGUGGGUGAAAGAAAACCUGGAACUGUUUGCCUCAAAGUUACCUUACGUUUUGUGAGGUUAUACUGUUGCUGCCUUGAGUUGAUUAAGAAGAGAACAGAAAAACAUUUGUCUUCCAUCCCUGGAUUAAUUCCAAAUGGUUUUUGGUUAAACUGGAACUUUUUUAAACUGGGGGUUGAAAAAUCCCACCAUCUAAUCGAUAAAACUUUGCGAUAGAAAUAUUGAUAUUUAAGUAGAUGUCCUAAACUAUUUUGGUUUAAUUGGCGAACUAAGGCAAGGUCACAAAGACAUUCAGUCUAAUUUGUUUUUGGCAGUAUCGUUUAGAAAGACGCUUUACUUACAUGGCAGUGACUGUUAAUUAGUGGUGUUGCAGGGCUUAUUUUGUUUAUGCUUUAGUAAAUGAUGGAGUAAGAAAGGACACUUCUAUGAGUGUGUGUUAAUUGACUAAUUAACAUCCACAUAGUUUUACAUUGCAGUUUAAUACUUGCAUUGGUUCAACUCUUUUGAAGUUGAAUGUUGAUUCCAAAUAUACAUAAUCCUGUUAUUUAUUUCAAAAAAACAUUUUGACUAUGUUGCCUUUUAAUGAACCUACACAAGAACUAAAUUUCUUUUGGAAUUGUGGUCGGGGAAAUACCAUCACUUUGUUAGGCUACAAGCAUAUCUGUUUGACAUUGUAUAUAAACUAAAGAGCUUAAUAUUCAGUGCAUGUUAUUAUUUUUCCCUAAUCCACUCACACACAAAGGGCUUUUAAUAGUGGAAUACAAGCUAUAAUUUCUGGCAGAGAUUCAUCCAAUCUCUUAAUAUUGCCUGAUCAAGGCAAAGUUUACAUGGCUAGUGUUUUAUAAAUGUUAAUACUACACGUUUACUUACCCUGACUUUGUGACAACACAUUUUCGUUUGGUUUCCAGACCUGUAUGUUUACAUAUCCUCUCAAUUACCUAGUUUGUUAAGGUCAACCUUAUUUCUUAGCAACUAGAGAGGAGGUUUAAAUUCUAAUCAGUGGAGUGUUAAGUUGCUUGCUCACAAAGUCAGCAUCUGGUGGAGAAAUGUGCCUCUUUUGUAGCCACUGAGGCUUCACAGUGCAUGGUGUCCUCACUUACUGUUGACAUCCAGGCCACUCUACAGUAUCAAGGCGACACUGAAGGUUGAUUGUCAUCAUCACUGUGUAGGGCACUGCAAUGCUUCCCUUAGGUUUUUUUUUUUUCUUUUUUUUUUAAUGUCCUGCCUCCCAGAUGUAGGUGGAGGUAGCAGCAUGUGCACUGAUGCACCAAUAACCGUCUAUGUUUCAGUUGCACCUUCAUGUAAACUUCUAGAGGGCUACACUGAGUUUUACUUCUGAGGCAGUUUUGGGUGUCCAAGAUGAUAUUCUGCCUCCUGUUUGUUUUUUCUUUCUCCAUUUAAUGUGUGCAAUCUGCUAAAUGUAUUUUGAAAACAGGCAGAAGCAGACUGAUUUGUCUUUUGCUCCACUUUGUCACUGCUGUUCCUAUACUUAUUCUUAUCCUAUAUAACAUGUUUUGUAUUAGUAUUUUUUUAUGCUUACAAUUUGUGUAUUCACAUAGUAUAUAUUAUAUGUAACUGCAAGUUACGACUGGGGAAAAUGUAUAUGAUGGUAAUGCUAGAACCUGGUCAAUCUAAAUAAACACUUUUGAAUU